AUGGCCCCCAAUGAUCGGCCAUCAGUUCCUAUCGAAGAAGAACACGAUUAUGAAGCGCUCCCGCCAAACUUCUCCCUCACCGCGAAUAUGCUUGCGGGCGCAUUUGCGGGCAUCGCCGAACACUCGGUGAUGUACCCAGUCGAUCUACUCAAGACCAGGAUGCAGAUCGUCAACCCGUCGCCGAGCGCCAUGUAUAGCGGCAUCUCCAACGCCAUGGUCACUAUAUCGCGAGCAGAGGGCUUUUGGUCAUUGUGGAGGGGGCUUUCGAGUGUGGUGAUGGGUGCAGGUCCCGCCCAUGCUGUCUAUUUUGCAUCGUACGAAGCCACCAAGCACGCCCUCGGUGGCAACGAAGGAGAGAGCCAUGAGCAUCAUCCUCUUGCAGCAGCUGCCAGCGGUGCUGCGGCCACCAUCUCCAGCGAUGCGCUGAUGAAUCCUUUUGACGUCAUAAAGCAACGCAUGCAAAUGCAUGGUUCCGUCUACAAAUCUGUCCCUCAAUGCGCCCGAGAGGUUCUCCGUACCGAGGGAGUCGGCGCAUUCUACGUCUCAUACCCCACUACACUGUGUAUGACGGUACCAUUCACCGCGCUGCAAUUCAUGGCCUACGAAUCCAUGUCGAAGGUCAUGAACCCGACCGGCCGUUACGAUCCCUACACGCACUGCUUCGCCGGAGGUAUCGCCGGUGGAUUUGCGGCGGGGCUCACCACUCCGCUCGAUGUCAUCAAGACACUAUUACAAACACGCGGAAAUGCCAGAGACGCAGAGUUGAAGAACGUCUCCGGCCUCUUCCAGGCGGCCAAGAUAAUCCAUCAAAGGGAGGGCUAUAGAGGAUACUUCCGUGGUCUGAAGCCCCGUAUUAUCACCACCAUGCCAAGCACUGCGAUUUGCUGGUCUGCAUACGAAAUGGCAAAGGCUUUCUUCAUUCGGAGGAGCACUAACUCGUCCACUGCCAUAUAG